UAAACAGACUACUCGUGCAUACUACAGUUCGACCUUCAGUGGGUAAAAACAAAAGAGCGCUGUAGUGUUAAUUGUAUUAUGAAUUAAUCGAUCAAUAAUCUACGUUUAACGCUAAAUAUUGUAUUUUUCGAAGCAUAGUGUCAAAUUGUAUCGUGCUUUAAAUUGUAAAUGAGCGAAGUGAGCUGGAAAUAUGGAUAACACCCGGUGAACUAUAGCAAGUAGAAAGACAAGAGCCUCGUUGAAACAAUGGAAGAAGUCCAGCAAAAUGGUUUGAAAGCUAACGAAAACGAGACUAAUCAAUCCUCUGAACACAACGCUAUAGAAGAGACUGGUGAACAAAAUGAAAAAGACGAUGAUACUGAAAAGGCGCAAGAGGACGACGAGAAUGAAUUGGACCGGUUUAUUGAACGCGAGUUCAAGCAAAAGGGUGACACGUUUAUCACUGAGGUGAGAGUUAUUGAUGAUUCUGGUCGCGGUGAAGGGGUAGGUAAGCGAGAAAGGAAUGCGGAAGAGGAUGAUCUGGGGAUUUACGAAGACAAUGACGUGGGGGAUGAUCUGAGUGACACUGAGCAGGAGCUCGAAAGACUUCGAGAGGAGAAAAAGGCGCGCGAUGAAGAGGAACGGAAGGAACGCGAGAGAGUCGAGGCGGAAAAACGCGCCGCUGAGCUCGAGCGUCAAGAGCGUGAGAGAACGGUUAGAGAAGAGCUUGAAGCGCAAAGAGAAGCGCAAGAAGUCCGGGAAGCGAUGGCUUUGGCGGUCCGAGAAACAUCUGUUGAGGAAGUGACGCCGCGGUUGGACGCCGGUGCAACGAGUAAGCUCAGCCCGCGGACGUGGUCAGACCCCCGGUACCUGCAGGGUUUGAGCCUUCGGGAGAUGGUGUGGCGAACGGCUGGAGCGGCGCAGGAUGCCACGAACAUGGCCAACGAGCUUGAACUGUCCAUAAAUGCGUCCCGUCUGGCGCUGGAGUCGAGGGAGGCGAUGUUCCGGCGAGCAAUGUCGCUCUUGUCGGCGCGCUGUGCGAGCGUCCGGCAAGCAGGGGCGGCAGGCGGGAGCGACGACGAGAAGCUGCUCAUCGGCGGUCAGCCCCCGAAAUACUUUUACGUAACACAGGACAAACCAGUCCCCAUGGAACCUCUCAAGGCGUGGAGAGGUUACCAUGGCAACAUUUACUUUGAACCAAUCAACAUCCACCCUCUCAAAGUGGACACGGAGGACCUGCGCGCAAAAACGUCAAUCCCGCGUACAAGCGAGACUCUCACGCUGUCGACGUCGUCUAUAAAGCGCCAGCGUCUACCGCUGACAUUUUCGGAAAAGGAAGGCCGGCCUCUGGAAAGCCGCAGCGAAUCCAGGCAGACGAACAAGAGCUCUUUGGGAAGUAGACGCUCGUCGCAGCGCCCAGUGGUGUUCCUGGACAAACAGUCGGUCCUCACGCGAUUCAAUGAUAGUCUCAAAGAGGACCUAGUGUGGCUCGAAGGUCAGGAGAACACCGGAAGUCUCGCGGUGCGGCCAAAAUCCUACCCGGACCCUAACGCCAAAGAGCGGGAGCGCGAUCUACAGUACAACAGGGAGCGCAUCAAAAAGGGCUCAGUCGCCCACAAAUUGUACGUCGAACAUAAAUCCAAGCAGAAACCGAAGUUGUCCGUUAGCGGUGGGAAGUUUAAUCCACCGAAUUCACUGUCCCCGUUACUAAGGACUCAAACGCAGUACUCGCUAAGCAGUAACAGGCUCACGACAAAUAGUCCUGACCCUUAUCACCUGAACGAGGCGAAACUACCGCCCCUACACGCGGAUGGACACAGGGAAGGUAUCCAGGCGCGGCCCAAACUUCCUUACAACCGAUCUGUGACCCUCACAGACGACAUGAAACCGUUCGUUAAGUACAGUCAUGACGUUAAGGUGAAAAUGGCGCAUCAAGCGGGUAUUUGUUGAACAUUUGUGAAGAGAAGAAUGACGGGAGUAUCGUGAUAAAGGAAAGUUUCAGAGUUUGUAACUAGAAAACAUUCUUAAAAUCCAGUUAUGCAACUCGUUAAAAUAUUUUAUAAAAUCUUUCAAAUUCGUAUUUAUUUUUUGCUGAAUUGGUUUCAAAUCAAUCACUUUAGAGAUGUAGAUUUCCUUUUUUGUGUACCCGCCAAACUAUUUAAUUACUAUCAAAACAUAAUAAGUGAGAUAAGAGAUUCUUACAGCCACAAACGCCGAAACGAGCUCUUUAAACGAGCCGCGUUCUGGAAAAAUGGGGUUUAUGCAUUAGCGUCAAGUGCCGUCCCAAAUUAGCCUGUGUAAUCCGCACCGUCCCAGAACAGCCUGUGUAAUCCGCACCGUCCCAGAUUAGCCUGUGUAAUCCGCAAUUGAAAUACCAUGGCUUCAAUUUAAUCCAAACGUCAAACAAAUUGCAACAAUUUGUGUAAGUUAAAUACUUAUUUGAAUGUUUGUAUAUGUGCAUAUUUUUUCUUUCAACAUUGAAAAAAUACAAUGUUUAGAAUUGCCAUAAGCAUUACACUGCGAUUGCAUGUUUUUGUGUGUAUUGGGCACAUCACAAUCAAUUAAGUUUCGUUCUGUGAAAACUGGGCUAAAUGCAUGUUCGAAAUGUCGCCCCGCGACACUUUCCGCACAAACUGAAUUAUCUUUUAGAAGAGACUUACUUUAAAUGUAAUAUUCUUCGAAAUAUGGAAAGUGUCGUCAUUGAUAAGCCUGUGCGGACAGACAGACGAACAUGCAUCAAGACCAUUUCCCCAAAACGAGGCUCAAUUAAUAUUAGAACGAAAGAGGUUAGGGUACAUUUGUGCAUUCGGUGUGGAUUUCGUUCAGACAUACAUGUUGCCAGUCGCUUUAACGUGUGCAGUGGGUGCAAAUAUUGCGACCUUGACCUUUCGUACACAAAUUGUAGAAAGACCGUCGUGUGAUAUUCAAGAAAGUGCCAAACAUUGUACAUUGCCCCUUUUCCGUAUUUGUGAUAGUUUGUUAUAGUUUACCUCUUAGUAAUUUUACGUGCUAUUUUAUUUAUUUUGUCUUUUACUCGUUUCUUUGUUCAGAUCGUAAACCUCUGUGUUCCUACACAGUUUAGCACAUAUUUAUAUUAUGUUGUACUUAGUUUUCUGUCUGCCAGAUUUCGUAUUUGAUUUUUGUUUAUUCAGGUUCACUGUUAUAUUACUGUCAUCAUUAUUUAAGUGUAUAGUUUUAAUACUUUCAUCAAUGACAAAAUGUUCUUGUGUUUAUUUGUAUGCGGAGGGUUGACCUUUAAAUGAUAUUUUGCUGCAGUUAAGUCACAUAUUUUACUGAAACAGUGUGACUGCUUAUGCAAAAUACGAUGAACUAUUAGGUACUUAGGUUUUGUCUGUAAACAAAUAAUUAAAAUUUGUAUUUUGUGCAUGUAGAUACAUGUAUGUUACAGCCUUAAUUAAGCGAAUAUAGUAGCUCCGGGUGACCGCCAAAUACUUAAAAUUUACUUAUUUACUAAACGUGUUGCUUAUUUGUUGAAUCAAACAUAUAAACAUAGUGAUCACUACAUAACCUUUUAAGUUGUAAAAUAGUUUUUAUCCGUGCAUGAUUUAUGAGACAUCCAAGCCCCAUACACAAAAGACCGUUAACAAACAGCGGAUGUAUGAUUUCGAUUCAGAAAUGCGUCGCACGCUGUCAUAACUGUGUAAAAGGUCCUAAGGUCUUUGAGCAGGUGACCGAUGUACUGUAAGCCACAAAAAAAUAACUAAUCCGCUAAUUAAAACUGCCGUUAUGUUGUAUGCCAUUCACACCACCGCGAGUGUGUGUGUGUGUGGGGGGGGGGGGGGGGGGGGCUAUAAGCCCUUAUUCGGUCUCCAACCAAACGCGCUUGGUUGGCGUAGGACACGCUGUUUAUUGAUGAGCAUCCGGUGCAGCAGUAGGAGUUCGCGGGAGAUGAUCUGUCUGUGCUAUAGUGGAACAUUCAAGGUUUGACGCAGGCUAAGAAGGAGAGUGAGGACUUUGUUAAGACGUUGACUAAAUAUGACAUUUGCUUUUUGUACGAAUCAUGGUGUAAAUCGGACUCUGAUGUAGAGCUAAAUGGAUACGUUGUACAUAAUUUUUCAAGACAAUUCCAGAACAAAAAUGCCAAACGUAA